AUGACGUCGACAAAGUACGAUCAUAUUAUCCAGCUUCCGCAGACGGCUCAAGUCGAUUUCGCGGUGGACGCCCGAAAGGUGGCACAGGAAUGGCUAAGCAAUCUUGAAGACAUCUUCGCUACUGGGAACUUCUCCCGAGUGGACGAAAUCCUCCACGAAGACUCGUGGUGGCGCGAUAUCAUUACUCUGCAGUGGGAUUUUCGCACCAUUCGAGGUCGGGAGCCAAUUGAAACAUUCCUCCGGCAGAACCAGCAGUUAGGUCCUCUGUCAUCAUUUCGUCUCCAGGAAACAGGUAACUUCCAACCGAAGCUGGAAAUUGUCAAAAAAGAUUCGAGUCUUACUUGGAUUUCUUCGCUUUUCCAUUUCGAGACGCGCAUUGGAAAGGGAUCCGGUGUCCUGAGAUUGAUCCAAGAUAAACCUGGUGUCUGGAAAGCGUAUGCGGUUUACGUUACUCUCCAAGAGCUCAAAGGAUCGGAGGAGCCACUUGGUGAAAGACGCCCGUAUGGGACCAUUGAUUCAAUGCCUGGUGGUUUCUCUCAAGGAACAUGGUCGGAGCGGCGGGAACGAAAGCUGAAUUUUGUUGAUGAGGAGCCCCAGACUCUUGUGACGCACGAUCCGGCCGAGUUUACCCAUAUGGCAUACCUUCCAUUUCCCAAGAACUGGCCCCAAUUCACACCAAAAGACAAGCUGGGCGACUGGUUUGAGGCAUAUGCAUCAUUGAUGGAACUCAACGUGUGGACAAAAACAACUAUCGCUAGUGCGAGCUACGAUGAUCCAAAAGCUGAGUGGACCGUAGAUCUCGUACGUGAUGGAAAGCCUCGAACAAUUCGCCCACAUCACGUUGUCUUCUGCACAGGGCACGCAGGGGAACCCUUGGUUCCUUCUCUCCCUGGUCAACAGGAGUUUAAGGGUGAAGUUUACCAUGGAAGCCAGCAUCGAGAUGCGUCUGAAUAUGACGUAAAGGGAAAAAAGGUCAUUGUAGUCGGUACAGGUAAUAGUGGCCACGAUAUUGCAGAGGAUUUCCAUCGCAACGGUGCCGAGGUGACCAUGCUGCAACGGAGGCCCACAUAUGUCCUAACUCUCGAUAAGGGAGUUUUUAUUCUCCACGAGGGCAUGCACUGUGAAAAUGGGCCCCCUACCGAGCAAAGCGACAUUGUCGCAGAGAGCUUGCCCUACCCGGUACAGUUCGCUUUGUGCAUCGACAUGACGAAGCGUAUUGCCGAAGAGGAGAAAGAGACAAUUGAAGGGCUUCAGCGAGCUGGUUUUCAGAUUGAAUGGGGUAUUGAUGGAUCUGGAAUUGCUCGCCUCUACUACACACGCGGAGGUGGCUACUACAUUGACGUUGGGUGCAGCCAGCUCAUCAUUGACGGCAAGAUCAAAGUCCAUCAGAGUCCCGAUGGUAUUUCAGGGUUCACACCUGAUUCUUUGGUGCUGAAAGAUGGGACCCAUCUGAAUGCAGACAUCGUGGUGCUGGCAACUGGCUACGACAACAUGAGGACCACAUUGCGGAAGGUUAUGGGCGACAAAGUGGCUGAUCGUUGUCAUGAUGUGUGGGAUUUGGACCAAGAGGGAGAGUUGAAUGCAUCCAGCCCAUCGAAAAGUGCCAAUUACUUCUAUCGAGAAGUAGCCAAGAUGAGCGAAGGACAGUCGAUGCCCGGGGAGCUGGAAGAUACAGAUAGCUAUGACCUCACCCAAGACGAGCUGGAAGGUGAGACUGGUGGGAGUUUAACGAAGAGGACACCAGCUGCACAAUGGAAGCUAUCAUCCAAGACUGUUGAGGAGAAUCUUGCUGCGGGGCUUUCUAAUGAAGAUCUCUGGAUGCUCAUCCGACGCUUCAACAAGCAAAUAUAUUACUUGAAGGCUGUCCCUGGGACCCCACCACAAGAUAUUGAUCUCAAUAGGGCCGAAGAUGAACAAUUUCCUCCAGAAAAGCUGCGGAUGACCUUGGAGCGGUUCUACACUUCUGUGAUUGUAGGGAUUGUCAAUCUCUUCAACCAUAUCAACCGACUGCGAUCGUGGAAAGAACCGAUCCGAACAUCUGUAUUCUGUGCGGUUUAUUUUGGCGCGUGGCUCAGAGACCUCCUUAUUCCCGCUAUCAUCGGCCUCUUCGUCUGUUUGAUCAUAUGUUCACCAAUACGGCCUCUCCUCUUUCCUCCUGUUGUUGCUUCGACGGAUGACUCGAGUGAAAACUCCAGGAAGCCUGUGGCCGAAGAGCCCGAAUCGCAAGACAGUAUCACUGGCGCACCAGAGUCACAUAAAGGCGAGGCCGCUGAGCAAGAAGCUACCAAUCUAGUCAACAGCGUUGCUACUGUAGCCAUCAAAAGUGCGGCUGCAAAGUAUGGCCAGGGUGUACCACAAGAUGCCUCCGAGGAGCCACCUACGCCUGAUGAGGGGGAGCUAGUGACUCUCCCAACAGAAACGGAGCUUGACGCUGCUCCUGAAGACAAAACAAAGAAGCCAAUGAAGAGGAAAGUGGCUAAUGCCACUGAUAAGACGAUGCGUGUUAUUAGUGACAUAACCGACAUUUACGAAAAGUUCGCUAAUCUUCUGUCUCCGACCCCACCAUUUCUUACGACGGCAGUUCGCCUACGAUUGGCAGUUAUAUUGACUGUUGUAUGCGUAGUCAUUCCCUUUACUUCAAGCUACUGGAUUAUCAAAUUCGGUGCAUUUACCGUUGGACUUGUUUUCUUCGGCGAUCCGCUUUUCCAACGGGCCUUGGAUAUCUUGAAUUUCAAAUUUCCGGGCUGGAAAAAGCAUUUAGACAUUCAAAUGACACUAUUGAAAGGUGUCCCCACCAACGCGCAGCUCACCUUGACCCUUCUGCGAAUUGGCGAAAUAAACUCGGCACCGUUACCACCACCACCAGGCUCUCAGGACAAUGAGCGUUCCUGGCCACUACGUCGCAAUAAGUCCCAGGCGAAGCUCUCUGAUCGGGAAAUUGGUCAAAACAGUACCGAUGGUCUCCACAAAAAAGAGAGGUCGACCGAAGACUUGCCAAAACCAAAGCCUAAGAAAAGAUGGGUCUUCAAAGUUCUGAGGUUCGUGCGCCAGACGAUAGCAACAGCGAUUAAGGGGCAUAUUGCGUUCGACCGAGCGAUAGCCAUUGCAGGAUCGACACAUACCAAGCAUUUAAUUGGCAUGUUGCAAAAGAAAGGCUGGCUUGCCGCUCCCUUUGGCCCUCUGAAAUUCGAUGCGAAAUAUCAACGCAAGCGAGGUGCGGUGGUCAUUGAUUUAUCGAAGGAGCCACCUAUCUUGUACUUCACGACAUACCAAUCUGCGGGAUUGGAUGAUCUGCGACUGGAAAGUCGGAAAAAGGGAUCAGUGCUGUUUCAGAUUCCAGUGCCGGAUAUUAUGGAAUUAAAGAAGACUGAGGGAUUGGGAUGGAAGGGCAAGCUGAUUGUGGAGCUGACAGCAGGGAGCAAAGAGGCAGCCGAUGGUUUGAUUAUAGGUGGGAAAGAAGGCGAGUCCUUUCAACUCACGGGUAUGCGAGCACGAAAUCAACUUUUCAACCGACUGGUCGCUAUUGAUGCACAGUUCUGGGAAAGCCAUUGA